CUUCUCCGUGCGCUCUCUCCUCCGUGCGCCAAUCCCUGUAGCACGAAAAUUCCUCUUUCAAUCUCUUCUCUUCAUUCCAUUUUCAAUUUCUAUGGCAAUAAUUUUUUGAAUUUUUGUAGAUACAUAGGAUAGUUGGUGAUUAUGGACUUACAAACAUCUAUUGUUACACAUGUUGAGAAUGAGCAACCACAUGAUUUUGGUGGUGAAGAAGAAGACCUGGGUUUAUUUGAGUUGCAGCCCACUUCAUUUGAACCAGAUUUGUUUCUAAACGAUCCUUGCUUUCAGUAUUUAUUUAACAAUGAAGGGCAAGAACAUGCGAGUGGUGAGAUUCCACAGAACACAGAUGACAUUAACAAUAAUGUCCGGAGCAAUGGUCAAUAUCCUUCUAAAGGGAACAAAGGGAGCGUGCCUGAUGUGGGGAUGAAAUUUACAAGCAUUGAAGAAAUUCGAGAACACUAUCUGGCUUAUGCUCGAAGUGUAGGAUUUCCAAUGCGGACUAGGACAACUCGCAAAGCCAAAGAUGGAACUCCUAGAAGUGUUACAUUUGUGUGUAGUCGUCAAGGAAAUAAAAAGAGCAAAACACAAGAUGUGUUCCACCCGAGGCCGACAAUGCAAUUGGGAUGUGAAGCAAGAGUAACUGCGUCAUGUGAUGGUGAUGGAAUAUGGAAGAUCUCCGUUGUGCAGUUAUUGCAUAACCAUGGCUUGAGUCCUACUAAAUCUAGAAUAUAUCGUUGUAAUCGUAGUGUGCCUGCUAGUGUUAAAAAGCAGCUUGAAGUUAAUGACAAGGCUGGAAUUCCCUUGCACAAGAGUUUUCAAGCAGCAGUUGUGGAAGCCGGUGGAUAUGAUGAACUUGGCUUUAUAGAGAAGGAUUGUCGAAAUUACAUUGAAGAGUUUAGACGAUUAAGACUUGGCCUCGGAGAUGCAGAGGCAAUACAAGGAUAUUUUAACAAGAUGCAAGCAAAGAAUGACGGGUUUUUCUUUAGCAUGGAUGUGGACGACGAAUCAAGGCUUAGAAAUGUGUUUUGGGUGGACAACAGGUGUCGUCAGUGUUACAAAUCCUUUGGUGAUGUUGUGACAUUUGACACUACAUACUUGACUAACAAGUAUGAAUUGCGGUUUGCUCCAUUCGUAGGUGUAAACCAUCAUGGGCAAUCAGUACUUCUUGGUUGCGGCUUAAUUGCACAUGAAGAUACAGAGUCAUUUGUUUGGCUUUUCAAGACAUGGCUUCAGUGUAUGGAUGGGGUUCCACCCCAAGGCAUCAUUACAGAUCAAGAUCAAGCCAUGGUGAACGCAAUCAGUAUAGUGUUUCCAGGCAUUAAACAUCGUUGGUGUCUUUGGCAUAUUCUUAACAAAUUGCCUGAAAAGUUAGGAGGUAGGUCUGAUAAAGUUGAAAUCAUGGAUAAGAUAAACAACCUUGUGUAUGAUGUUCAUGUUAUCACAGAAUUUGAGCAAGGCUGGAGAGAAAUGAUUAUGGAUGAGGAUCUAAAUGACAAUGAUUGGUUGGCUGAGAUGUUUUUUUGGAGACAGAGAUGGGUUCCAUGUUAUCUACGAACUUCUUUUUGGGCAGGUAUGUCCUCAACGCACCGUAGUGAAGGCAUGAAUGCUUUCUUUGAUGGCUACGUGCAUUCAAAGACAACACUCAAGCAAUUUGUUGAUCAAUACGACCGUGCGCUUAGGAAAAAAGUGGAAAUGGAGUUUCAAGCAGAUGCUAGCUCCUUUGCAAAAAUGAUCCCAUGUGUCACUAUGUAUGAAAUGGAGAAACAACUUCAAGACGUAUACACUAUUUCCAAAUUUAAAGAGUUUCAGACUGAACUUCUUGGGAAAGUAUACUGCGACAUUAUAAGCAACAUUGGUGAUACUUUUGUAGUUGAGGAGGACGUGUGCAUCAAAGGGUUUCGCACGAGGAAGUUUUAUGAAGUCGCCUUUGAUCAAUGUAAACAAGAGGUGGAGUGCACUUGCCAUCUUUUUGAGUUUAAAGGGAUGAUUUGUAGACAUUGCAUUGUUGUCUUCAUUCGAAAUGGUGUUAGGUUUUUGCCUGAGAAGUAUAUCCUAGAGCGAUGGAGGCGUGAUGUGAAGCGGGCAUACACACGGGUCAAAGUAGAUUAUGAUGGCUGGAUAUGUACUGUCGAACAACAACGGUAUGAUGACUUGUGCAACAGUUUUCGGGCUUUGGCAAAUAAAGUCGUAGACGAUGAAUACCGCACAAAGGAGAUAAUGGAUUGGAUUCAGAAGGAGAUGUCUGUAGAAGCAAUGAGAAGCAAAAAUCCAUCCACGGGAGUUCAAGAAAUUCCCGAACAUACAACAAGCACUCCAGUUGUGUUAGACCCAUUAAUCGGCACACGCAAGGGAGCUCCAAGAAAGAGUCGUCUCAAGUCCAACAGGGAAAAGUGUGGUCAAAAGAAAACAAGAAAAAGGACUACAGAGAAAGACCCAAAACCUAAAGAAGGUAGAAAAAAAGAUAACCUACCUAAGAAGAGGAAGAAAGAUGGAGUUUGCGACCUCACAUUGGGAGGUCUGGCAUCACAAAGGCAGCAUGCUUGGCCCGUGCAAGAUGAAGAUGGAGUUUACGACCUCACAUUGGGAGGUCUGGAUCUUGGCCUCUCACUACAGUGACUUUUAACAGCUAUUUUUUUUUGCAUCAGAUCUAGGUACCGAAGCUCUGAUUUUUUGGAAUGAGCAUGGGAACUGUAAAUCACAUACUUUUUUGCUUUUUGUUUUUUGUGUAAAGUAUGUAACAAGUAUGAUAACUUUCUCUGAGUUCCCUGCACAUAAGCUGAUGUAAACCUGAUGUAACUCUGUAUUCACAUACAUUAAGUCUCUGUGGAGUGUAUGACAUAGACAGUUAUUCCAUGUGAGCACCAAGAAAUCUUAUGUAUCCGU